AUGUCAACUUUGGACCACCAGCUUGGGCCGUCCAACGACGCCCCUGGUGUGCCAACGACCCCCGUGCACUCUGGUCAGGCUUUUAGCCUGUCAGUUUGUCACGCUCUCCAAGAGUGGUUUGAGGCGGAUGAUCUCCGCCGCAUUACCUUCGUCUAUGUCCCAUCCGCUUUGUGGUGGGAUAUCCAUGGUGAGGCACACAAGUACAUCACCGAACUCAAAGUCAGGGUUGGACAUCGCAAGAUGGACAACUCUAUAGACGCGCUACGCUCCCAAGCCGCGCACUCCGUCCUGGAUUCGUGGAACUCCACUUUCCAGGAUCCAACCUACCGAGGCUCUGAAUUUUUAGAGCUUCAACAGCCUGACAGGUGGCCGCUACAGCCAUCGUACCUCAAUAGGGGACCUUGGCUCUCAACAUUCAGACACAGUAUCACUGAGUUCGCUCGCGUUUGCCGGUGUAUAACUGGCCACACACCCAUUGGAGCGUAUUACCAUCGCUUCAAGAUCAAUGAGCCUCAUGGCUGCACUUGCGGGGCUGCUUUGCAGUCCCGCCAGCAUGUCCUCUUUCGCUGUCGCGAUCGCUACUCCGUGCAUUACCCCCGCUUUCUUGGGGAUAUUGCAUCUUUUAUGAAGUACAACCCCACGGCGUUUGGCUUCACCCCAGACCCUUUGGGGGCCUUCAACCCUUGGGCUGACUUCUCGGAGCAUGAGUUGUUGAGCGCCCUUAAGGGGUGCUCCAACUCCUCUGCACCAGGACCAGACCAUGUCACAUGGGUCCACCUAAAGGAGUUGCUCAAGGAUAAACAUGUCCUUGUGCUCUUCAUCGUGUUGGCCAACGCUUGCCUUCAGCUGAACAAGCCCUCCUAUCCAGUCCCAAAGGCUUUCAGGCCUAUAGUACUCCUCAUCACUUUUGGUAAACUUAUCGAAAAGAUGAUUGCCAAUAGGAUACAGUUUGACGCUGUCAAGCAUGAUAUCUUCCAUCCAAACCAGGUUGGCGGCAUUUGCCAGAGGUCGACCAAGGAUGCUGGGUUGAUUCUGACUCAUCUCGUGCGAGUGGGGUGGGUUAAGGGUCUCCAGACUAGUGCGCUGGCUUUUGACAUUGCGCAGUUCUUCCCUUCUAUGGACGAUGGGACUAUCUUGGCCCAGUCCAAACAACUUGAUGAUAAUAAUCCCAAAACCUAUUGGAGGUACUUGGGCUUCUACUUUGACCGCGGGCUCACAUUCCAUGAGCACGUUUGCUACUAUGCCACCAAGGCAUUCACCACCGUGCAAGCCAUGCGCAUGCUCAGGAAUUCCACCAGAGACCGUGUGGUCCCCAUUGCCACGUAUGGCUAUCAUCUCUGGUACUUUGAUGGCGCCCAUAACAAAGGUGCCAUGAACCAGCUCAAAUGGAUGCAGCAAAGAGCUGCUCUAUGGAUUACAGGUGCAUUCUGCACCUUGCCUACAGGCGGUCUUGAGGCCCUUGCUGGUCUCAUCCCUGUCCACCUUAUGCUGAAGAAGCUGGCAAUGUGCACGGUGUACCGUGUUGCCACCCUCUUGGACACUCAUCCUCUGUGCUCCAUGUUGGGCAAGAGACUCCUCAAGCGGGCCAAACUACACGCCUGCUCAGCCGACCUUGAUGACCCCAGCUAUGUGAGGGAAAGUCAAGAGCACUGUCAUGGAGGUGGAUGA